CGAAUAUGGGCAAGGAGGAGUUCUUGAGAAAAAUAGAAAAUCCAAGCUGAUGCAAUUCUUUAAGAUUUAGUAGUUCUCUCUUCAAACAAAUUUUCUAGCUGCAAAACAAACCAGUGGAAGCAACAUGGGCCCAGCCACUUACAACAUCUUCUUCAUUGUCUGUUAUAUUUUUGUGAGAACAAGGAGUGGUGUACUUGGAGAACUGCUUCAGCCCAUAUUAGAAAUUGAUACAGAAGAUCCAAAUGACGUCAAUAUGAUUGGUAGCACGGCCUAUUUAAAUUGCACAAAUUCAUUAAAUGCACAAAAAUUCUAUUUGAGAAAAGAUGUAAAUAAGGAUGUAAUGAAUGAACAAGUCACUCCAGUGUUUACAAUGACAAACUUAAAUGCCAAAGACAGCGGACUCUACACCUGCCAAUACAGCAGGAAUUCAGAAUUCUCCAAGCACAGCAAGCCUGUACACCUAUAUGUAAGCGACAGAUACCCCCCACCAACAAUCACUGCUGAGCCGAAGAGCAUUGUCCAGCCGGGACAGAAUAUGAAUAUAAUAUGCUCUUCUCCAUAUCCAGACAUCAUUUUUACCCUUUUAAAGGGUGAUGCUCCAAUAGAAGAAAGUGAUAACAAUCCAUUCACCUAUGUUAUACGUGGUGCAAGUAAAGAGCAUGCUGGACAGUAUUCUUGUAGGUACAGGAGGCUAGGGAUCCUGUCAGAUUUCAGCUCUCCACUGAUGAUUGAUGUUAAAGCUCUUCCCAAACCUUCCAUCACUUUGGAGGAGAAUCAAAAAGUAGAGCUGAAGAUCAGCUGCAUGGCACCAGAGAAAGAGAAAAAGAUGUGGUUUCAGCUAUUCAAUGAAAGCAAAGAUGUCAUACAUGAAAUAAAAGUUGUCAAUAAAAAUCAAGUCGAUUUUAUAGUCCCGUACCCCAAUCAGUCUGACCCGAGAUAUUACUGUAUGUAUCGCAUUCGGAUGGGAAGUGACUUUGCAGAUUCCUUCUUCAGUGAUGCAGCCGUCAUAUGGAAAGAGCCUUCAGGAACUCAAGACUAUACAAUAAAAAAUAUUUUUCGGCUCCUUCUGUCAGCAAUAAUCCUCAUUCUCUUAACUGUUAUUUUUGCGAAACAUUUCAAAACUUCUGACAAAUGUAAAUCACGUCCUUCUGAACUAUCAGCCUCCCGGAAGAAACUGGCGGUUGACUCUGAAUAUACACAGCAGCUUAUGGAGGAGAAGAAUAAUGAUUCAGUGGAGAAAAGCUUGGUCCCGACUCCACCAACCACAACAGUAUCUGAUGUGAAAGAGAAAGUGAACGAGCAAGAGGAGCAGCAAACAUCCAUGUAGAAGGAGAUGAUACACAAUAAUUAUUCUAUGUGAUUGUAAAUGUAUUUACUAAGCAAGAACAGGAACGGAUUAGGGCUGGAUUAUCAAAUAUCCUACCUUAAAGAGGUUCUCCCGGACUACGAAAAGAUG